AUGGGCCUCGCGACGCCCUACCUCGUGCUCUACAACGCGUGCUGCCUCGCGGGCUGGUGCUUCGCGCUCGUCGCGGGGAUCAAGACCGUCGCCGCGGGCGACGGCGCGCUCGCGGCGCGCCUCGGCGCGGUCUGGGCCGAGGUCGGCGACGUCGUCUUCUACGUGCAGUUCGCCAUGGCGCUCGAGAUCGGCCACGCGGCGCUGGGCCUCGUGCGGUCGCCGCUCGUCACGACGGCGAUGCAGGUCACGAGCCGGCUCUGGAUCGUGCUCGUGCCCUACGUCGACGCGCCCUGCCGCAUCGGCGAGCAGUGGAGCGUCGGGCUCAUGGUGCUCUCCUGGGCCUGCGUCGAGUGCAUCCGCUACGCGUUCUACCUCAGCGCGCUCCUCCUGCCCAAGGUGCCGUACCCCGUCUUCUGGGCCCGCUACAGCGCGUUCGCGCUGCUCUACCCCACGGGCAUCACGGGCGAGCUGCUCACGGCCUACUGGGGCCUCCACUGCGGCCAGCUGACGCCCUGGCACACGCUCAUGCAGUGCAUCGUCGCGCUGUACGUGCCGGGGUCGCCGUUCAUGUACCUGAACAUGGUCGGCAACCGCAAG